GGGAAUAAGAGGAAACUGUGACAGAAAAUAAUGGUUUGUUACGAAAUGCUUCUCCGCCUUUCUCUGUCAUUAUGCACAAUCGUAAUGUUUAGGUAAUAGUCUAUAAGUUCUGCAGUCCUCUCAGUUGUCAUGUUUCUCCUCCCCCUCUUGCUUUUCCUCCACACACUCUCUUUUUAGCACAUGCAUGAGUCAGCAAAACACCGGCUUCAUGCGGGAGCUUCCUUCAUGGCCAGUGGAAGAGUGUUUCUGUAACAUCAUGUGUGAAAGAUGAUCCAGCACUGGUGACUGAAGGCGAGGCAGAGGAGGAGGUGCAACCCCUGCAGCUAGAUUACCCCUGUACUGGCUAAAUGUGUGUCAGCACGCAUGCCCUGUCACACCUCACCGUAUGUGUCCAAAGGUCUCUGAUGCCUUGUGCAACUCCACUCAGUAAGACGAUUAGAGGGAAAGCAUUUGAAGGAAGGAGUGAAACAACAUUACUUCUAUCUUAAAAAUAACGUUUGAAUCAAAAUAGGUUAAGCUCUUUGCAUUGCAUUUGUGGCACAGAACGUUUUCAGCUUGGAAAAACAAAGGAGACAAGGUUUAAGAUGGCAUCAGCGUUCCUGCCAGCAAUGGGUCGUUUGGCCGUAUGUGGUGGUACACAUGGCAAUGAGCUGUCAGGUGUGUAUCUGGUGCAGGAGAUGGAGCGACAGAGGAAAGAGAAGGGAGACGGCGCAUGGCCGAUUCCCGUAACAACUGUUCUGUCAAACCCACGGGCUGUGAAAGAGUGCAGAAGAUACGUUGACACGGAUAUGAAUCGCUGCUUCAACAGAGCCACGCUGAGUUCACCUACGACAGACAGCAGCCAAUAUGAAGUUCACCGCGCUCAGGAACUGAACAAUCAGCUGGGACUGAAGGGAUCUGCAGAUGCAAUAGACAUGAUUUGUGACCUCCAUAACACCACAUCUAACAUGGGCCUCACACUCAUCCAUUACACAACCAGUGACUGGGUGACCCUGCACAUCUGCAAAUACUUACAGACUAAGAUAACCAAAGUGCCUGUGAGAGUUCUGGUACUGGAUGUCCCGAUUAGUGAUGCAUAUUCCUUGGAGUCUGUAUCCAAGCAUGGCUUUUCAAUAGAGGUCGGGCCACAGCCACAUGGUGUCGUCAGGGCUGACAUCUAUUUCAUUAUGAAAGAGGCCGUCGACAUGACAAUCGACUGGAUCCACAAAUUCAACUCAGGAACAGUAUUUGAAGGCGGUGAUAUGGAAGCCUUCAAGUUUAUCAAAAGUAUUGAUUAUCCCAGAAAUCCCGAGACUCGGACUCUCACAGCUGCCAUUCAUCCUCAGCUGCAGGACAGAGAUUUCUGUCUCCUCAAGCGGGGUGACCCUUUGUUUUUGUCAUUUUCUGGAGAAACUGUGAAGUACGAAGAAGAAGAGCCACUUCAUCCUUUCUUUAUCAAUGAGUGUGCUUACUAUGAAAAGGGAAUCGCUUUUCACUUGGCAAAAAAGUUGACGCUGACGAUUCCAACGGUGCAAGUGCAGAAACACUGAAGAAGAAAGGAAAAGAUCUCUAUGAUUACCAAAUAUAAUAUCAAUCAGAUGAUUUCACAACACAGAAUGUCUCAAAUGAUUUUAAUUUUUCAGUCACUUUUAACUCAGGUAAACAUUAUGUACUUAUUUGUACAAUAUGUUAUUUAUAUGACAAUCAAUAUUGCUCAUUUUGAUCUACAGCUAAAAACAUGAGCAACAAUGUUUUGGAUGAAAAGAUAUUUAUUGUGACCAGCAAAGUGUUCAUUUAACAGAAAUGCUUACAAAACUGUAUAAAAAAGGCAAAACCGUCUGAAGUAUCUGGGACACCAUCAUGAUGAUGUCACAGUGGGCUGUGGAGUGUGAGGUAUCCUCUUGACUGUAUUGCUCAUAAGCUGUUGCUCUCAACCUGAUUGCUUUGAGAAAAUCAAGCCUCUCUCAGGCUUGGAAUAAAAAAAAGAACAUCUCAAAUAUUACAACACAGAAUAAACCGCAUGGCACAAUGAAAUCAAAUGAA